UGACCAUUAGCAGAGAAAGGCACAGAAAGCAGGUUCAGCGCUAAAUGUGAACCUUAUUUAUUGGCACUUUGGUUACACAGUAAACUUACUCCUCCUCUAAAUGAUCAUAAGAUACUGGGCCGGUGCUAUCUGGCGGUCAAUGAAGAGAGCUGCAGAUAGGUACCCUCAGUCUGAGGUCUGCAUUUUACAUUCUGAAGGAGAAACAGGGAGAGAACGAGAGGGGGAGAUAGAAAGAGACAGUGAGAGAGAAAUAAAAAAUAAAGAAAGAGAAAGAAAGAAAGAACAAAACAGACAGAAAGAACAGAGAGAAAACAAAUGGAUCCAGUUUGAAUCACAAACACAAAAGAGAAAUAUUCCCCAAAGAAAUAGCAGAAAGAGAGAAGUAAAAGAAGAAAAAUAAGAGUUGUGAAUCGUUACAGGCUUUACCAUUCACACCUUAGUGCCGUCAUUUACCUAAAAGCCUGUGGACUACAAGCUAACAGCAAAAGAGACAAGUCUGAGUGCAAGAGGCAGAGGAAAGGAUAAUGCCACUGCUGCAGGGAUCCAGCAGGCUGCAGCCUCUUCCCUUGCUCAACGGGGGUUCUCAGAACCAGAACCAGAACCAGAACCAGAACCCUGCCGGGACAGGGACCUCAGCCUUCCCUAAAACCCUAUCCCACUCCAUCGAGCAGAUCCUGAGGAAGCCAUCCUGUCUGGGAGCAGACGUGAGAAGAAAGACAGAAGCAGCCCCUGUUUCUGAAGGGGCAGGUGGAUGCAAAGCCAGAAAAUGUCCAGCGAAGCCAGCAGCACAGGACAGAGAGGACGCUCUGUAUGAGCUGAGAGUGACAGGCUGGAUUGCUGGCCACCUUUCUGACCACAGACAGGGAUACCCUGUCCUUUCAGAGCAGGGAGCAGAGCAUAAGGAUGAAACUCGUCUGAAAGGAGUUCAGGAGGAGGGCGUCAGCUUCCAGGUGGCAAAUGCAGAGAGGAGGGGUCGUCGAAGGGUUAGGACCACCUUCACUACGGCACAGCUAGAGGAGCUGGAGAAGGUGUUCCAGGUCACUCACUAUCCCGAUGUCCAGACCAGGGACCAGCUGGCCUCUCUAACACAACUACCUGAGGGAAAAGUGCAGAUAUGGUUCCAGAAUCGCCGAGCAAAAUGGCGUAAAAUUGAGUCUUUGGGAGAUUUUGGGGGGCUGCAAGACCUAACAGUGACAGACCAGGUGUCUGUACUCCAGCAUGGGUUUCCUCUUAAGUGUGAAAGGAUGGUACUUCCGCCUCCCUUGAUUGGCCCAAGACAACUCCAGUCCUACCCUCUGCAACACAAACAUCGCCUCUGUGGGUUGUCACCUCUGCCAAAUGGCUACUUCUCCUGCUACGUACCAAAGGUCCACCCCCACUUGGUAUCAUACCCACCCUCACAGCCACGCACCCUCUCCUGGCAACCCCCACUGGGAGCCACACUAAGUGACAGUUUCAGCUGACAGGCCUUCACAGAAACCCUUUAAGAACUCACCUAUUGAUGAACUACUUGGUCUUUCAAAUGAUUACGUCAGGGGUUGUCCAAGAUGCUUAAGAAAUUGCAUUGUCUACCAUUUUGUGCUCUCACCAACACUUUAUGGCCUCUAAUUUCCUUCUUAUUAUAUGUAGCAAACUUUGCCUUGAGAAAUGUUGUUUUUAAAAAGCAACGCCUAGGAAUUUUAAGUAGCAGGCUUUCCUAGAACCAUUAAAUUUUUUUUUCUCAGAACAAAGCACUUGUGCCAUGCGUCACUCUCCAGCUUGUAUGAAGAACGCCAACAGUGACCGGUAUAGAGUGUAUGUGACCGUAUGCAUGUGUGUGUGCAUGUGUGUGUGAUGGACAGAAAGAGAGAGGGAGAGAAUGAGAGCACACAUCCUACACAUUCCUGAGUUCAGAGUUUUAUUAAAAUGUAAUUACCUGCAAAAAAACUCUGUGAAGAUUUAUGUCUUUAAUUGACAGUAUCUUUCCUUGUCGGAGAUAAGCAGGGGUGGCUUAGUGGUUAGAGUGGCAAUAAAUGGGAUAUUAUGUUGAGCUUUCUAAUUAUUGCUCAAUGGGUUUAUGGCCCUGUAGAGAUAUGGUUCCACCUUGUCUUAAUUCGGCUGAGGUCGACUGCAGGUCAGCACAGGUUGGCAGUCAUGGACUGAGUACCAUGAAAUUUAUUUAUUUGGGGGAAAAAACUGCUCUGUUAACUGUAAUGGCCAACAUAGUUUUGAGUGUGGUGUCCAGGACCAAAAAGUUUCAAGAGAACUAACUUUACUCAUCGUAGGUUCAACAUUCCUGGUUUUAACAUUGAAAACAAUGUCAAAAAAAGUGAAAAGAUAUUUUAUAAAUAAAUAUAUUCUAUAAAUUCCCCUCAGCAUGAGGUUUGUUGAUGGGAAAAUUACUGAAAGCCACUGUUAGUUAUCAAUGGGAGAAUAAAACGACUCCUUUGAAGUUCAGGGUUAAAUAGAGUACAGCAAAGAUUCUACACAACAGGAAGAUUCCCAGCUUUCUCCCUCAACUAGACAUGCAUGUUUUCUCACUCACGUAUAUCUCCUUGAGGUAAUUGCUGGCCAGAGAUAACAGUAAGGAUAGAGCAGGUGAUCAUUUUAGGAACUGAUUAGCCACUGAUUUCUCUUAUCAGCUGGUUCUUCACUUUUAAUUGAAGAACAAAACGUCCAGACAAGGGUAUAUUAUAUAAUGACUGGAGAGCUCCAAGAAGAGGUGAAGGCCAUAGAAAUUCUCUGGAAAAAAUGACAGUUGUGCAGGACUGUAUACUGUAUAAUGAAUUGGUGACUGUAUACUGUAUAAUUAAAAACGUGAUUGUGUUGUG